GCACGCGCAGUGUAUCAGGAAGUCCUUGCACAUGACCCCACUGUGCCGUGUAAACAAUGUGGUGCGUGUCGCUGCAGAGGAGACAUUUCCACUCGUGUCUGUGUUUAAUGAAGAAUGUCGGUGGUAAAACCGCGGCGGAGCAGCGCUGGCUCACGCGGCAGCGCAAAGACCCGUACGUCAAAGCUUCACACGCGCUCAACUUCCGGUGCCGAAGCGCCUUCAAGCUGCUGGAGAUUGACGACAAGUUCAGGCUGUUACAGCCCGGACACAGCGUGGUGGACUGCGGGGCUGCGCCCGGAGCCUGGAGCCAGGUGGCUGUGCACAGGGUCAACUCAACCGGGACAGAUCCAGAGCUACCACGUGGAACCGUUGUUGGCAUUGAUCUGCUGAACAUCCCUGCUCUGGAUGGUGCCCACUUCCUGUCCAGCCACGACGUCACGGCGCCCCCAACACACGCCAAGCUGCAGGAGCUGCUUCCUAAGGGCCAGGCUCACAUCAUCCUGAGCGACAUGGCGCCGAAUGCCAGUGGUUUCCGAGAGAUGGACCACGAGAGACUCACCACGAUGUGCUUGUCUCUGAUAGACUUGGCUGAGAAGAUCUUACAGCCGGGAGGCUCUCUACUGUGCAAAUACUGGGACGGGUUCUUCGUCCAGAAACUCCAGGACAAUCUCUCAAGCGUGUUUGGCAGCGUUCGGACUUUAAAGCCACACGCCAGUAGAAAGGAUUCAGCAGAGAGAUACUUCCUGGCUAGAAUGUACAAGAAGCCAGUGAAGAAAAAGUAGCUGUCCUUUCUUUUUCUGCUGUUUUUACAAAAUGGGUACAUUUUUAGUUCUUUUCCAGUCUCCACUGUGUUGUUGAUGAGACUGAACAUGAGGAAGAGUCUCACUUCAUAGUGUUGAUCAAAAGGUGGCAGUGUUGAGGCAUAAGUGAGACUCACAGGUGAAUCCAAUGCUGCUGCUGAUGCUGCUGAUUCCCCCUUUUUUAAUCUCAGUAAACUAAAACGCACUAGCAUCAGUGAAUUAAAAAUAUGUAGAUCUAUACAAGAACCAUCAGUUUGAUAUUCCUCAAGAGCCCAAUGCUGUUUUUCUCUCCCUCUCUCUCUCUGAAGUUUUUGUUUGCCCCACAGUGUUUGUUCUACACUCUGAGUUUUGUAUUUGCGUUGCUGCUGAAAAGUAAUUUAGCAGAGCAGCUUAUGCUGAUAAUUUGCACUGCCAGCCAUGUAGAAAAGUGUAAUCGUUCUCUCUGCGAGACUUUAUGAAGGGAAAAAAUGAAUACAUAAGAGUCACAUGCAGAGUGAUUAAUGGGAAGAGGAGUGAUACUGCAGCUUGGCACACUGCUGCAGGUGUUGUUCGGCUCUGACGGGGGAGAUAGGGCUAUGUUUUUAAGCUUUAAGAUGUGUCUCUGUUCAAAGAUUGUUUUUUAAGUCUAUGUCCUCAACCAAAAAUAUUUAUUUAUUUUUCUGAUUCUGUUCUAUCAACUGAUAAUAAAAUGAAUAGACAUCAGAGUUGUGUUAAUCGGAGACUUGAUUCAGAAAUGCCUCUCGUGAUUUAGAAGAGUAGGCCUCGCUGAUAUAAGUGUCAUUCUUGUCAAGAAUGUCCAGUUACCUGGGCCGUAGCACAAAAAUAUGGGGCCUUUGUUCAGGGUUUGAGGCCCCUUACCAUUUUGCUACAUCUCUGAAAUAAGUUUUUUCUUUCUGUCUCACUUUUUUAUUUAGUAGCAGUUAUGUUGUGUAAUUGCUAGUGGACUAAACCACCUGUGUCUUAUAUCGGCAUUUUCAGCAUAAAGUUAGCUUGGCUUGUUUUAAUAAACACAAGUGAAAUGAAAAUGGUCACUACUCACGUUUAACUCUAACUCAACAACACAUAAAGAUACAAAACUGUGCCACAUGAGCACUAAGGGUUAGAGAUCCAUUUUCACUAUUGUUAUUUGCUUCAGCUUUUCCUGUUGAAUGCAUGUCUCUUAAAAAGCAGCUCCACAAUCUUAAUCUCUUACAGUAUGAAAGUAAACGACUGAAUCACAGCUCUAUCAGCACGAGGAUUCCUUUGGCAAACAGACCCAACGAGCACCACAAUCAAGCCUGAAUUUACAUUUACGCCAGCAAAGGAAACAUGGCGACUCACAUGAAUAAAUUAUUAAGGCUGCUAUUUGGCCUCCGUGUCUCAGGAGUGAUGAGUAAUACAGUAUGAACUGAAGCAUCCAGUGUGAACUGGAAAUUAACUGCGGAGACGGGGGACUGACCUCUAAAGGUGAUUGUUUGGAAAUGAAUGGGAGCAGCCAUGCCUGUUGAUGAAGCUGAUAGCCAAAGAUGUGAACAGAUGACCAAUUUUACUUCUCAUUACUUGUUUAUUAUUCACCCCCUUUUCUAUUUGGAUUUAAAUUAUAUUAAAAUUACGCUGGGAAUUAUGUUAAUUCCGUCGGAGCGGAGCACUCGGGGCUCGUGAUGAAUGAUGAUUCAUUCACAGGUUAAUUCGUUCUUCUCUGACCAGCUGCAGGUUCACAUGUAAAUAUUUUCGUAAAUUAAGAGAGAGGAAACAGUCUGUAGAGAGGACCAGG